AUGGAUAUCCGGAAUUUCUUUGGUGGCAAGCCGAAUCAAGGCUCCAGCGGUGCCCCCGCGAAGGCCGCAGCAAAAAAAGAGGACUCCUCCGCCACAAGAAAGAGACGCAGCAGGAAAGUUGUGGACGACAGCGACGAAGAAGAGGAUGUAACCCCCAUAAAAGCACCCGCUAUCAAAGCGAAGUCCAAGAGUCAACCAAAACCUGAGGAGACUAAAGAAGAACCUACAACUACCUCCGACUAUUUCGCCUCUAGUAAGAAGAAAUCUCGAUCUACCAAAACCACCGAACAAGCUCAGCCCGUUCAAGCCAAUAUUGUUGCCGAAAGUCCCAAACCCAAGAAGACAGCCGAAGAACCUGCGAGCAAAGGACGAACGUCUACGCGGGGAUCAACAAAGCAGGCCACAAAGAUCCUCGAGGAUGAGAAUCUGGGCGCCGAUGACAUUUUUGCAACUGAAUACGGAAAGGCUGGCAAAGACAACGACGAUUAUGUUGCUGGAGAUGAUAGCGACGAUGAUGAUGACUUCGAAAUGCUUGAGGUGAAGCCAGUCGCUGCAGCAUCGAAGAGGAUACAGAAAAAGCAACCUUCUCGUGGUGAGGAGGAUGAUGUGAUCAUGGAAGAUCUCCCCAAGAUCCCUGCCCCGAAGGCUCGAGCCGGCCGCAAACGCAAGUCGGAAGCUCUCCUCGACGAGGACGAAGAUGACGACUAUCAAGAACCUAAAAAGGAAACGAAGAAGGCAACCCCGAAGGCCAAAGUUGCGGCAUCACCAGCUUCGAAGAAGCCAAAGGCUAGCCCUAAAAAGAAAAAGGAGGAUAAACCAGAGAGCAAAGAGCUCCAAGAUAUCUUCGACAGUAUUCCUACAGUUGAAGCUCCAGAACCUCCUAAGGGAGAGGCAAAGAAAUUCAAAUUUGGAGCACAACAAAGCCGGGACCCGGCAAUGACUGGGACUAAAGAGAUGCCCGUUGGGGAAGAGAACUGCCUUGCUGGUUUGUCUUUUGUUUUCACUGGUGUUCUGGACUCCCUUGGGCGCGAAGAGGGUGCGCAGUUGGUGAAAAAGUAUGGUGGCAAAGUCGUGGGAGCUCCUAGUUCUAAGACGAACUAUGUGGUCCUCGGAUCUGAUGCAGGCCCAAAGAAGCUUGAGACCAUUGCGAAGCACAAGAUCAAGACCAUCAACGAGGACGGCCUUUUUGAACUGAUUCGACGACUUCCUGCCAACGGUGGUGAUGGAAAGGCUGCGGAAAAGUACGCCGAGAAGCUGAAAGCCGACGAGGCUAAGGUCCGUGCUAUGGCGGCCGAAAUUGACGCAGAAGAGAAGAAACGGGAAGCGGAACAACGAAAGGCAGCCCCGACUCCUCAAGGACCCCAGACCACCGCCACAGCGUCCCAGACGCCACCAAGCUCACAACUGGUGUCAUCUAGCGAUCUAUGGACCACAAAGUAUGCCCCAACAUCGACCAACAUGAUCUGUGGUAAUAAGGGCGCCGUGGAAAAGAUUCAAACCUGGCUGCGGAACUGGCAUGCCAAUGCCCAGGCGGACUUCAAAAAAGGUGGUAAAGAUGGAUCGGGAAUAUAUCGUGCCGUCAUUAUUCACGGUCCCCCAGGAAUCGGCAAAACCACAGCAGCCCAUCUCGUGGCAAAACUGGAAGGAUUCGAUAUCGUGGAGACCAACGCCAGCGACACCAGAAGUAAGAAACUUGUCGAGAGUUCUACCCUAGGGGUGUUAGAUACAACAUCAUUGCAAGGAUAUUUUGCCGGACAAGGCAAACAUGUGGAAAGUGGAAAGAAAAAGCUCAUACUCAUCAUGGACGAGGUUGAUGGCAUGUCUGCUGGUGAUCGAGGAGGUGUGGGGGCUGUCGCGGCCAUUGUCAAAAAGAGCAAGAUUCCAAUCAUCCUUAUCUGCAAUGAGCGAAAGCUUCCCAAGAUGAAACCUUUCGACUUCAUAACCUUUGAUGUGCCAUUCAGACGCCCGACUGCUGAGCAAAUUCGGGCAAGGCUGUCCACUAUCUGUUUCCGAGAAGGCCUCAAAAUCCCGCCUCCUGUGCUUGAUGGCCUCAUUGAAGGAACCCAUGCCGAUAUCCGCCAGGUCAUCAACAUGCUUUCCACUGCGAGACUGGAUCAAAAAGGUCUCAAUUAUGAGGAAGGCAAGGAGAUGUCAAAGGCGUGGGAGAAGCACAUUAUCCUCAAGCCAUGGGAUAUUGUGGGCAAAAUUCUCAGCGCCCAGAUGUUUUCCCCGAGUUCCACUGCUACCUUGAAUGACAAGGUCGAGCUUUAUUUCAAUGACCAUGAGUUCAGCUACCUGAUGCUUCAGGAAAACUACCUCAAGACCAAGCCUGCUCUUACUGGCAAAUAUCAUGGCAAGGAACAGCGACUGAAGUCGCUUGAGUUGCUGGACAAUGCCGCCUCGAGUAUCAGUGAUGGUGACCUUGUUGACCGCAUGAUCCACGGCACUCAGCAGCAGUGGAGUCUUAUGCCCACCCAUGCGAUCUUCAGCUUUGUGCGGCCAGCCAGCUUCCAGUAUGGAAACAUGCAUGAGCGGCCUGCAUUUACUAGCUGGCUAGGAAACAACAGUAAACAUGGCAAACUAUCCCGAUACGUCAAGGAACUACAGGGACACAUGCGUCUUCGUACCACGGGUAACCGCGACGAGAUCCGUCAGCAGUACAUGCCUUUGCUCCAGGAGAAGAUAAUACGCCGACUGAUGGACGAAGGCAAGGACUGUGUCGACUCAGUCAUUGAUCUCAUGGAUUCAUACUAUCUCACCCGUGAGGACUUCGAUUCUAUGGUUGAACUAGGACUCGGCCCAAUGGACGAGUCUAAGAUCAAACUUGAGACGCAAACCAAAGCCACCUUCACGCGUCUGUACAAUUCACGCUCGCAUCCCAUGCCAUUCAUGAAGGCUAGCAAUGUUGUGGCAACUAAGCAGGGAAAGAAGGAGAUGCCUGAUAUUGAAGAUGCCAUUGAAGCAUCCGACGACGAAGAGGUUGUUGAAGAUACCAAGAAUGAGGACGAGGAAGUACUUGAUCUGAAGAAGGAUAAGUAUGUGAGCUUGCCUAAGAAGAAGAAGGCGCCGGCCAAGGGCAAGAAGACGAAGAAGGCCGAUGAUGAUGGUGUUGAUGAUGAGGAAAAGCCGAAGAAGGCUCGUAAGAGUAGGGCCAAGGCUAAGGCUUGA